AUGGGGGAGGGACUUAGUGCUAGCUUAACACAAUCAUUCCGAGGUGCCUACACCUCCAGACAUUCACUCAGGCAAUCUGGAAAGAAACUGGCAAGAAGAACGCCACUGACAUCGAAGAACGUUUCCGUCAAACUCCAAAAUGACAUGCAGAAAAUUCAAUAUAGAUCGAGUGGAGUCAAAUUUCGCAACCAAGCCUGUAAUGGUCGACACGGUGAAAGGAUCUUUGAUGAGACCUUGUUUGGUUUUGACGCCGAAUUCCUCGUAACACAAUGUCUGGAGAAUGUCGAUACUCAGGACAUCGUCCACGAGAGCUGCAUUGGAACCAGCGCCACUGCCUACUUGGUCGAUAACAAUGGUGUCCGAUUUCGGUUACCAAUGAAAGUUCUUACCAACUUGGCAAAAGAAUCACAAGCACUCAAGCAAGCUCUGGCCAAUCUUGAUGAGAUGUUGACAAAGCGCACUGCUUUGCUAGAAAUGGGCUAUCAGUGUUUCCAUCAACUAUCUGACUUUGUUGAAUUACGGGAAUGGCUUCAGGAGACAGAGAAUACGGUACUACUACAGUCUCGAGCAAGUAGAGAUACAGAAACAGCCAAAGUGGAGUUGAAAAAGCAUGAAAAUAUUGAGUUACGCGUCAACGAUUUGUUGGCCCGUAGCGUAAGAGAUUUCAACAUACAAACAGCAAAAUUAAUCAGCCAGACAAAAGAUGAAAUUCAUGCACUGACCAACCAACUCACAAGUCUGAAAGCUGAAUCGUCGCCCUCUGUGGAAAGUCAGCGAGUUGAAUCCGAGGCUCGCCAACAAAAACGUCAGUUUCGUGCCAGAAUAAAACAUUUGAGCAAGCGAUCAGAAGCGUUGCAGGCUAUUCAAGCCACGGUGGACAGACAAUAUGCGGGCUUAAGGGAUGUUUGUGUCGAGAAACGUCAGCGCUUGGAAGAAAUUUUGGCGUUGAAUGCGUUGUAUGACGAAGUCGCUGACUUGGAGGCCUGGCUCAAUCAAAAGGUUAGCAUCGCAGCUGCCUCGAUUACCGGACGUGACCUGCCAGAAUGCCUCACGAUGUUGGCAAAAUUUGUUAAAUUUACGAACGAAGUGCUUGGUGAAUCGCUGAAAAAUAUGACCACAGAAAGUUUCGGGAUCGAUCUGACCUGCUUCCCUCAGCUGCAGUUGGCGGUUGCACCCCUAUGGGACAAACCUGGAACCGUGACGAGCAUUGCUCGGGUAGAUCGUGUUGUGCGGAUGUGUCGCCGACUGAUUCAAAUGCGACACUCAGACGCUCCACUUAUCGCUUUCUGGCAGGAUCGUCUAACAGAGACACUGUGGGAUUUAAAUGAAUUGACGGUGACACGUCUUCAGCAGCUGGUUGCAGCGGCUCAGCGGUUUGCCUAUUUGAUGCGAUGUAAUGAAACUGAUAAACGGGUCUGCGAGAAAGAGCACCAGCUUCCAGAAUCAAUGGGUCGGGAGCUUGAAGCCCUAUGCCAACAGCUUUCUCGACACGCUGCUUUUGAACAAGAUAUGCAAAUAUUGCAAAUCGAAGUGGACUGGGUGAAACAAACAGCUGACCGAUUACUUCCUCUGUACGCCGGAAAAUGGACCGGGCGACUGACGAACCCACGCGAUAAAUUAUCUAUUCGGUUCGAGGAACUGAAAUGGCGUACGCGUGUCAGGCGUCGGCGAUUGGAAGAGUCCAUCACAUUCCACAAAUGGCUUGCCGGCGUCACAGCACUGCUACGCUGGACUGAUAAAUGUGAGAAACAACUGGACGAGGUGGUGAAUGUGACACGCGAACAAACAGCAUUGUUAUUUUCAACGAAUCAACAAAUGGCCAUCGAAUCCGUAAAAGUACAAAUUCAGUUCACAUUGCAAUGCAGGGAUGAGAUCAACGCUAGAAAAGAAAAACUGGAGGCCUGUCUGGAAAGUGGUCAAGCCCUUUACAAUACAUUUCAUCUGGUAAUCGAACAAGCUCGUGAAGUAGUCAAACCUAUGGUGGACGCGGAUUCUGCCACACCUGAGCCGGUCGGUGAGACCUACGUCACAGAUUUCGGUGAUAAAACACUCGGAACAAUAAGAGAAGAAGACAGUCUUGAACUGCAACAUACUAAGAGUCUCUCUACUGAGAAUCAGAAUGCCGGACCUUCCUUGGGAGCCGAUACUUUGACGACAACUGACCCAGAUGAUUUAUCAGCUUCUGAUGAGACACAUCGUCAACCAAGUGGGGCUUUGCAAGAUGAAUCAAGUGUACAGUCUGUGCGAUCAACAGUGGAGCCUAAAACUAGUGAUGACGACCUAGGGGAAAUAAAGUUUGAACCCAAAGGAAUGCAAACGUGGGCACAGACACGAAAGUCUCACUGUGAAGAAGCAGAGCAAAUCAAACCAGCCCAAGAUAUCUGUGAUCGGAUCCAAUCUAGCAUGCAAGAACUAGCGACCAGCUGGUACAAUGUGCGGAGACGAUGGUUUGAAGUGAGCGAAUUUCUUCAUUUACAACUUAGUGCGGUGCUGUUCAUGCGCGAGGCCCAUGCGGCGGAUCACUGGUUAGAGUUGCACGAACGGGACGUAUGGAUGACGGAUCUUGGAGAUUCAAUCAAAUCUACUUUAAUGUUGAUACGACGCCAAGAUGCCUUGGAACAUAAUCUAGCCCUACAAACGGACCGUUUCGAGCGGUUAAAACAGCCCACGCGGCUCGAACUUGUUCGCCUGUACGGUCAUCCUCUUGAGAACGAAGGUGUAAGAUCAGAAACUACACCGGUUGGUCACGCAAGUAUGGAAGUCACAGAUCAGUGGAAGAUGACUGAGGAACUUUAUUUUCGUGAACUUUGGCAACGGUAUCAACUAGCUGACCCAACACAGAAAGAAAGUGACGGAUCAGGUUCGAGUGGGUCGGGUUCGGAGAUAAUGACGGAUACGGCAAACACCGUACCCAACGGACGUGGUGAACAUAUUUCCAUGGAAACAUUUGGAGACAAUCUGGCUCGAAAGCAUGAGUUGCAGUCACAUGCCGUACGAGCACGUGACCGGAAGUGGUAUGACCUGUACGUUGUUGUGGAGGCGAACGUCCGGCAGCUUCUGGUCUAUCGGCAAAAAUCGUCUUUCAAUCCGAAUGAACCCUGUCUCCGCACUUUCCAUGGUGAGCCUGGUAUCCCGCUUGGUCCCCAACUGCUGCACACUACUCUGGCACAAGACUACACCAAGCGGGCAUACGUGUUUCGCGUUCAGGUAACGAACACCGGGGCCCAGUAUUUGUUUCAAGCUCCGACACCUGAAAUAUUGAAGAAGUGGGUAGACUACCUCAGUCAAGCUGCAGCACACGCCAGUCCUCUUGAUAUUCCAAGAAUAAUUACAUUAUCAAGACCCUCAGAAGAGAUUUCCAUACCCGGGGGACCACUAUCAGAAACGGUUUACGAGAGAGGUGAAGAUGCUAUAUUGAACGAAACUACAGAUCCUUCAUCAUCCAAUAGAUUCCCGCUGAGGUCGAUUACACCCAGAAGACUUCUCCGCUGGAUAAGGCAACGUUCACGGGCGGACUCAAGCGAACUCGUUCGCAGCCGUACGACCCAGGCAAUCCAUACAGAGUUCACUUCAACCUCUUCUAGACCCAGCGUUCCCGUAGAGGUUGGAUCAGGAGAGCAUCAGGUUCUUUCGAAUUCACAAACAUUACCACUGCAUUUCCGAACGUCAGGUGACCUGAGCUGCAGAAUCCAAAGGAGUAGAAACUGGAAAAUGUCGAGGUGGGACAAUGUGGAAGACGAGAACACAUCAUCCUCCGAAUAUGAAGAGUUGUAAUAACAUACUGAAGUGCCAAAUGAAACAUUCAUUUUUUUCAAUCCGUUCACAAUAUGAAUCGGCUAAGUAACGCCCUGAACACAUAAUAGGAUAGAAGAUUGGGAAUUAAAUAAUGGCUUUUCAACCAGUUCCAAUAAAUUUAAUGUGAACUCAACUCUCGACUCUUACUCAUUUUACUGGAGAUCGCCCUUAGAUUUGAAGAUAAACAGCUACGACUAUCUAGGGGAUCCUUUCGCUCAAAGUUAAAACUUCCGGGGCAUUCGAAAAUUACCAAUGAAACAGGUGUCCCAUUACAUCAGAUCCUCAUCUCUGACGGGAACACAACAUACUGGUGCUUACCUGCCAUUUGAACACGAGGGAAAAAACCUCAGUAAGGUAUGCAAAGAACAGGGAAGGAUGGAAACUUGGUGCAAAGAAGCCCUACGUAAUUGAGGAUAACCAUAAAAAAUAAGAUGCCUACGAACUUCAUGUCGGAUCAAGAGAGCGUCCUUUUUUAACCUCACCUGAUUGAGGUUCAGCGCGCAACGACAGGCGAACUUUAGCUAGACAGCCCGGAUAGGAAGUGAUAGCGUGCACGCCACUGGGAUAGGCUGCCGUGUCCUGUAGAGUUUCCAAUGGCUUGAAAGCAACAUAAUUUGAACUCUAGCCAAGAAAAUUCGCAAAAAUUCAGCGGCGCUCAGUUUGACAGUAGACUUUUUCAUUUCGCGUUGCCAUACCGUUGUCUGUUCCUUGCCAACCUUUGGCCAACAAUCGUUGGGAACAGAAGGCGGCAGCAGCAGCAACAAAACAACGCUUUGUUCGGUGGACGGCGACCGGACAUACGUAACAUAUGCACAAGUCACUUGAACAAAGUAAGCUUAAUCUGCUGCUCUAACGACUCAGGUUCACUACCAAGUGCCCGCUUAAGCGACACUUCGUUGCAGCCAUACUACGGCGAUCAGACCUUUGGAGGCGUCAGAUCCUCGAAUCGGAGGGGCCAAAACUUACGACUACAGAAUGAAGCCACCCUUACAGUUGCCUUGUCUACGUCGUUCUUAGGCUUCAGGAAACUCCGCACCGACGUCAUAAAUGACGCGAGUUGGCGAAUGCUGCUCGCAUCUCGAUUAUCCGCUCAUUAACUCGCUGUUAUAAGGACACAAAUAUGCAACUAUGCAACAACAACACAGAAACCAGAAAGCGAGACAACCCAUCGCGCUGUCAAACUUGACUGGGCUUCCCCUAGGUUCAUGAUGCAUUAUUUCAAGUGUGGCACAAACCUACACGCAACUACUGUCAUAUAAUCGACUAGCCACUUGUGCCCACUAGAUCCACAUCAUACCAUAGAGUUCGAGUGAUGCACAUGUCCCCGUGAUCACCCCUAGUAUCGUCCACUCACGCGUUUCGAGGAGUGUAUAGCAUACUCAUUCAGCAUAUCAGUUCUUCCCGACGGUGUAUGGGAAUCGUACACCAGGAUGAGAGAGUCGCACAAAGCUGCAGAUCAUUAAAUGUCCGACAGCUGUUCCUCCUAAUUAAAAUGUGUCUGCCACCCUUCACAUUCCAGCACCGAAAUACCUAGUGCAUUUACGUGUGGUUUUCUGGUGUAGCUUAUCUGUUUAACUGAGCGACAGUUCGAGGUCGACAAAAUCUUAGUUAAGGAGUGUACAGUGAGAUGCCUCAACUUACCGCAUAGUGUUUCGCUUAAAAUGAAAGUAUGUAUCAAAUGUUUCGGUAGUCAGAAUAAUGUGAGGAAUUAGUUAUAGCCUUGAUACUGUGCAUGAAAUUCCUGACAUCCCACCUGCGUGAAUAGGUGGACGCGGAAGCGUAUGUCCUAUUAUCCUGAAAAGCGUUAUUCAGAAGAAUCGCCACGACAGAGGAACUCACAAACGUCAUCCACAUAAUGAUAUAAGUUUACUUCUAGGAUUCCAAAAACUGCCAACGGAUCUGAACAUUGUCAUAACUUGUAUUCGACCAGACAAAUUGAUUGAUAUCGCCACGAAAGCAAUAAGCCAUAAGUGUAAGAAAUAAUUUCAUAUCUCACAGAUGACGUCAAAUAAUAAGUAUACUGGGUUCAAAACAUCACGGCAGUCACCUGAAUUAACGUUACACAUGUCAAACACGAGAGGCGAAGGCUGACCACCGAACACCAGUGUGAAUCGAGGACAUAACUCAAGCUGUUACUUAAAUUUGCCAUGUGGAAUAAACAUAGCAAUGGUAGUUCAUGCUAUCCAGGUAUACGCAGCUGGCUCAAAUGUUCGACUCUUCUUGGCUUGUGAUGCCCGAUUGACAAGUGAAAUGCAAACAAACUAAACCACAGGAACAAGCUGGAUCACAACACCGGCAUCAGGAAGGGCAAAAGCGAUAGACUACUCAGGUUAAACAACGAAACCACCACGGGCAAUAAUCCGCAUUAAGU